AUGGCAGACAGCUGGCUCAACGCUGACCUCGACGCGCCCUACGCAGGGCCCUCCUUUGUUGACCGCGCCAGUUCGGAAGUUGCGGAGGAGACUCCGUUCCAACAGCUAAUCAGGCACUGGAUGAACGAGAGACAUUCGCCGGACAUUCUGACCGGCCAGGAGAUCCUUCUGGGCAGAAUCUUGGACCAUGUGCGGAAACAGUCCGACGACGUGCAGCUGCUGCGUGCCGACCCAGACUCGUCCGAGGAAGAACACUUCCGCAUUAUGCUAGUUCAGACGGAGGUUGAGCGCGUCAAAUUCGUCGUCCGUUCAUAUAUACGGACGCGGCUGCACAAGAUAGAGAAAUAUGCUCGGUGGAUCAGCGCAACGCCUGAAUCUCACGAGAAGUUAUCUAAAGCUGAACUAGACCACGCCAGGAGAUAUGCACGACUACUAGAAUACCACCUCACUCAAUCUGUUCUACAAAGCCUUCCCCCUGAACAACGAUCCCUGACGGAUAGUGUGCCUUUCAUGCCACCAAUGAUACCCGAACCGGACAAGAUGCGACCAGUGUUUGUGCACGCACGACAACAGUGUCCACCGGUCCGUCUGCCUGACGGAACAGCAAUUGCGAUGGAAAAGGGCCGCAUUUCGCUCACACCCUACUAUGUUGUCGAGCAGCUACUAGCACGAGGCGAAGUUGAACUAAUAUGA